GCGCCCCCUCCCUCGCGCGCUCGCUCCCUCCCCCGCGCGCCCUCCCUCGCCGCCUCCUCCCGCCGCCUCCGGCCCCCCCUCGCCGGGGACCGAGCGCGCUCGCUCCGGCGCCGGCCUCGCCUCCUCGCAGCAGCGCCAUGGAUGAGUUCCACCCGUUCAUCGAGGCGCUGUUGCCUCACGUCCGCGCCUUCGCCUACACCUGGUUCAACCUGCAGGCGCGGAAGCGCAAGUACUUCAAGAAGCACGAGAAGCGGAUGUCGAAGGACGAGGAGCGCGCGGUGAAGGACGAGCUGCUGGGCGAGAAGGCCGAGGUCAAGCAGAAAUGGGCGUCGCGGCUGCUGGCCAAGCUGCGCAAGGACAUCCGGCCCGAGUGCCGCGAGGACUUCGUGCUGGCCAUCACCGGCAAGAAGGCGCCGGGCUGCGUGCUCUCCAACCCCGACCAGAAGGGCAAGAUGCGCCGCAUCGACUGCCUGCGCCAGGCCGACAAGGUGUGGCGGCUGGACCUGGUCAUGGUCAUCCUCUUCAAGGGCAUCCCGCUGGAGAGCACCGACGGCGAGCGCCUGGUCAAGGCGGCGCAGUGCGGCCACCCGGUGCUCUGCGUGCAGCCGCAUCACAUCGGCGUGGCGGUCAAGGAGCUCGACCUCUACCUGGCCUACUUCGUGCGCGAGCGAGAUGCAGAGCAAAGGGGCAGUCCCCGGGCGGGGAUGGGCUCCGACCAGGAGGACAGCAAGCCCAUCACACUGGACACCACUGACUUCCAGGAGAGCUUCGUCACCUCCGGUGUGUUCAGCGUCACUGAGCUCAUCCAAGUGUCCCGGACACCUGUGGUGACUGGAACAGGACCCAACUUCUCCCUGGGGGAGCUGCAGGGACACCUGGCAUAUGACCUAAAUCCAGCCAGCACCGGCAUGAGAAGAACGCUACCCAGCACAUCCUCCAGCGGGAGCAAGCGGCACAAAUCGGGCUCGAUGGAGGAAGACGUGGACACGAGCCCCGGCGGCGAUUACUACACUUCGCCCAGCUCUCCCACGAGUAGCAGCCGCAACUGGACGGAGGACAUGGAAGGAGGCAUCUCAUCCCCGGUGAAGAAAACAGAGAUGGACAAGUCCCCUUUCAACAGUCCGUCUCCCCAGGACUCGCCCCGCCUCUCCAGCUUCACCCAGCACCACCGGCCCGUCAUCGCCGUGCACAGUGGGAUCGCCCGGAGCCCUCACCCGUCCUCGGCCCUGCACUUUCCCACUACGUCCAUCCUGCCCCAGACGGCCUCCACCUACUUCCCGCACACGGCCAUCCGCUACCCACCUCACCUCAACCCCCAGGACCCGCUCAAAGAUCUUGUGUCGCUGGCCUGCGAUCCGGCCAGUCAGCAACCCGGACCGUUAAAUGGAAGUGGCCAGCUCAAAAUGUCCAGUCACUGCCUUUCUGCUCAGAUGCUGGCACCCCCGCCCCCUGGGCUGCCGCGGCUGGCUCUCCCCCCCGCCACCAAACCCACCUCCGAGGGAGGAAGCUCGUCGCCGACCUCGCCCUUCCUGGUAUCUGGGAUAAGAAAGAUUUCUUCCCACGCCCUGCUCCUUCGUCCCGGGAAUCGCGGGGAGCCACACAGCCGGCCCCCGGCCCACGUUUUCGGUGGCAAGCUAGAGCAAGCAAGAACACCCCGCUGACUCCCAGCCCGGCCGAAAGACAAAACACACAGACACAUAACACACAGGAGGAAAAGAAAAAAGAAAAAAAAAAAAAAGGAGAAAAAAAAAAAAAGACAAACGGGGAAAAAAAAAAAAAAAAGAAAACCACACAUAAAGAUAAACCCACCCAACCAAGAAGAUAAAAGGUAAAGAUGGCAACGCUUCGGACUCUCGGGAUGCCGCGGCCGGACGGACCGGACCGGAGGGCCAGGCCCCACCGCCCCUGGGAGCGGGCGCUCGGGGCGUCGUAAGUUAUUCAUCUCCUCUCGCUGCUGCUCUGGGAGGGCUGGCUGCCCCCACCUCCGCCCUGGACCAGGUGAGCGCAGCCUGGUGCCCGUGCCCGGCCGACGGGGCAGGACACCCAGCGAGGCCACCUCUCCCGCGCGCCCCCAUCGCCACUGCCACCGGGACAGUGUUUGCCAAGUGGGGAGGCAGCCGCCGGGGGGCCGGCGAGGACCCCGGCGGCAGGCAGCAGAGGCCACCGCGGAGGCUGGGGUGGGCAGGGGUGCGACGGGGGCAGAAGAGGGUUGUGGGGAGACCCGGGGCAUCGCCGGGGGACAAGGACGCAUGGCCAAUACUCUCUCAGGAGUGCCCCGCGGUUGUGGACGUCUCCGCCGCCCCCCACCCACCCCAGAGCGCGCCGGGGACUCGGUCUUUGGUGAAGCCCCGCGCGCCGGCCCGGUUUGGGAGACAUCUCUAUGCAAAUGACCCCCAGCCCGCCCCCCACCCCCACCCCCAGGCAUAGGAGGCCACCCUAGCGCACCCCAGCCCCCGGGGGAGGGCCCUGCGUUGCACACACUGUAAGAAAUGCACUUUCCGAGGAAGGGGCUGGGGGCGGUGGAGCGGAGGGGCCCUGGGCUGCUCUGGACUCUCCAUCCACCCAAGCCCUGAAUGGGGAGGGCCCCAGCACCCCGCUUAGCCCAUGGAGGUGUGGGAGGUGAGAGCGAGUGGUUUAAGUGCCUGAUUCCUACCGCCCGCCCCCCCUCCCCUUUGUCCAGCUGGGAAGCGAGUGGCCGUGGGCAUCCUCCAACCUCCUCCCCCGCAACCCGGCCCCUCCCGUUGCUGACCCCUCAUUGCUAUGCCCCCUUCAGAGCUAGAGCGAUGGGACCCCGCCCAGUGGGCCCGAGGGGCAGAGCUGGGCAUCCCCCCAGCGUCCUGCCGUAGUGGGGCACGGGGGUGGGAUCUGGGGAAGGCGGUGUGCCCCCCGCCAACGCCUCCUCUGCCAGUGCCUUACAUCCUGGAGCGACACCCCCUCCCUGGUGCCUCCCGGCCCAAAGGGGGACCACGGUUUGCACUUUCAUCCCCCCACCCCCCGCCGAAGUGGGGCACAGCCGGGAGGUGCAUCGCAGCUGGGCCGCCAGAAGGAGAGAAGGCCAGGCCGGGUGCAGUCCACGUGUGCCUGGACAGGGCGGGGGGCUCUGGCUGGGAGCAGGGAGGGUCAGCGCCUCCGGGCUCCCUUCAGCCUUGUAGGGGGCCUCCCAUCUGCUAAACAUUUUCCGUUGAGCCGCUCCAAAAACACUAAACCUGGGGCCACCGGGUGCCCCUCACCCCAGCUGCCUGGUCCCAUCCAUGCCUCCGCCCCGGGAUGGCCGUCUUAGGUGGGGAGCCUGGGAGGGGGUGUUAGGUGUUCUAGGGUCACCGGGCCCAAACACAAGGACCCCUCCUGGCCCAUCUGUCAGAGCCCCAACUGGCCUCCUCCAUGCCUGGCGCUGGGGAAUCCUGACCUCCAUCCCUGGGCCCAGGCCAAAGCCAUGGCCCUGGGCAGGCCUCCGCUUCACCUGCUCCCAGCCUGGCCCCCCCCUCCCUCUCCCGGUGAAACCCCGGUGCCCUGGGCCCGGCCAGCCUCCCCCCACCUCCCCAGACACCAGACUUUCCUUCUCCCAAACCAGCCCAGGGGGCUUGGCGAACCCACUCGAUCAUAAAGAGAAACGACCCCUCCCCCCCUGACCCUUCCCCACCAGCCCCACUCCCGCUGUCCCGAGGGGUUCAAGAACCCUUGGUCCGUCCCUCUGUCCCCAGGGCCCCUCCACCGGGUGGCUAUUGGGGACCAAAGCAUGGGCCGCUCUCCAGGAGAGCAGGGGGUUGUGUAGUUGGGGUAUCCGGAAGCUUCUCAGCCGGGAACCUUAGGGUGCGGGUAGGUGGGGGAGGGGAGGGGGCACCUGGCAGCCCCCAGCUACCUAACUUUGCAUGGUGCUUAGUCGAGGAUUCCUGUGACCUGGCUCCUGGCGUCAGCUCGCGGCGGCUGAAACUGCAUGGCGAAUGAUACUGGCUCUAUCUCCCUCCCCCAGCCCUCCUCCAGCCCCCCCCUCCUCCUCUUUAAAAGAAAAAAAAAAAAGAUACAAAAAAAAAAAAAAACCUUAAAAAAAAUUCCAUGUUUCCUAAUUUGCACGAAAUUUUCUAUCACAUGAUGUGCCUUGCCUUCCAAAAAUAAGUAUUACCUUUAAACAAUAUCAGCGCACACAGAUAGCUGCAUGCACUGCUCGUGUAGUUAAAAAAAAAAAAAAAGACAAAGCAAUGACAUGAAAUAAAAAGUAAAAAUUGAAAAGGGAUGUAUUUCUAUUUGUAAAAAAAAAAAAAUUAAGAAUUAAAAAAAAAAUCACAUUGCUUAAAAAAAAA